UGCAGCACAGCUGCUUGUAGCAAUGAUACGAAUGAAGCUCUUUGUGGCAGCGCUAGCUGCCACAGUGGCCAAUGGAGCGAAAUUUGUGAGCUCCCGCACUUCAAACGCUGGAGAUUUCAAGAUAUUGGAAAAGCAGAAAUGCAAAGGAGAACCCUACACCAAGCACGAGGACAAGUAUUGUGAUGGAUGGACUGGAAUCACCCUGGAAGAGUGCCGAGCAAAAUGUGCCAAUGGCGAGGUUGCACCCAAUUGCCCUGCUGAAACAUGCAAGGCUGCAAGCUUCUUCCCUGGCAGCAUGAAGUGUCACCUCUUCAACGAAUGCCACGAGUUGGAGGAUGACUUCGGGGCAACAGGCAUCGUGAAGACUGACGUGCUGAAGAAGAUCGAAGAGACCCCAAAGAAGGAGCCCAAGCAGAGGCCAACCGGCCCCGUGGCAGAACUGGCCAUAGCACUUCCCAUCGUUCUGGUCAAUCUGAGCAACUUCUCCGGGCAGAUCACAAAUCACCGUCCUCUGUCUCACCACUACGUCUUUGGCAACAUCAGCGCUGAUUUGGAGAUGUUGUACGACAAAGCUGCAGGUUUCUACAGUGUUUUGCAUGAGAGCAUGGCUGGUACUGAUGGCCUUCGCUUCUGUCCAACACGAUCUGAAGGGAACAUCAUGGAGUGCAUUCGCUUGGCAACCUGUGUGGUGGAACGCAAUGCAGGCAAUGGACCGAAGCAGAUCCCCAUGGCCACUUACGCACUUAUCGAGGAGCUCGUCACACGGUUCGAAACGAUUACGUGGCCAUUGCUGAAAGACGCCCUCGUGAAAGAAGAAGGUCAAUUGGAUUUGAUCAAGGAGGACAAAGCGAUACCUGCAACCUAUAAAUGCGUGGCCAGCGAGGAGAUCACUUCCGAUGAAGUCUCUGUGCCAGUUGGGUCCUUUUUGCAAAGCGAGCAUGCCAUGUCCAACGCUUUGGCCAGUGCAACACGAGGUACUCACAAAGUUUUGGAUUCUCAUUCGGAAAACUCCUCGUUCAAGUUGACUCAGCAUCGUCUUGCAGAACUUUGGCAUCCUAUUUGCAAAGAGCUGUCUUGUGACCCCACCAGCUACAUCGACAUCUACCCGGUGUCCCACAAGCACACGUUGAAGCUGAUGCAGACGGCCAGUGCAAGCCAUGUUGGUUCUCACAUCAGGCAGAGGAUUCACUUGUACAUUAAGUUGCAGCACUUUAUUGCAGAUUAUGACAGAGAAGGAGACUUUGACUUUAUGCGACCUGAAGGGAUCCAAGAUUCCUCGGAAGAGAUCUUCUCGUCAUAUGGCCAAACGGGCCGAAGCUCUUUGUUGUCCUUCACACAGUCCUUCGACUUUGACUCCGGCGAUCGCUUGUUUGACAGGGAGAUGUUCGCCUCCUUUUUGGAGGACGCGGAGGAAGGAGAAGCUGACACGAAAUCAUCGCGCAGAAGGCGACGGCGACGGGCUCGACGGCAGGAGAAACGACAGGCUGGGGCUGGGCAUCAAAAGAAGAGGCAGGAAGCAAAGAGGUAG